AGCACAAUUCAAGAUGGGGGUGAAGAGGUAGAAGAGGGAGCUAUUUACCACGUCACCCUGAAAAGAGUGCAGAUUCAGCAGGCUGCCAACAAAGGAGCAAGAUGGCUAGGGGUUGAAGGGGACCAGUUACCUCCAGAACAUACUGUCAGCCAGUAUGAGACAUGCAAGAUAAGGACAAUAAAAGCUGGUACUUUGGAGAAACUUGUGGAGAACCUUCUGACAGCUUUCGGGGAUAACGAUUUUACCUACAUCAGUAUCUUUCUCUCAACAUACCGGGCCUUCGCUUCUACUAAGGAAGUGCUGGACCUUCUUCUUGACAGAUAUGGAAACCUGGAGACCUCAAGCUGCGGAGAAGUUGAAAGCCAGAAUUCCUCUGAAUCCCAAGGAGUACUCAAGAGUGCAAUAGCAUCAAUCUUACGAGCCUGGCUCGAUCAGUGCCCUGAGGAUUUCAGAGAGGUGCCCAACUACCCAUGUUUGCUGAAGUCGCUGGAUUACCUGAAGAGGAAUAUACCCAACUCUGACCCAGAGAGGAGGGCACAGAACCUCUUGGAGCAGUUCCAGAACCAAGAAGUGGAGAAUGAUGACGGGUUCUAUAAUACUUCCUUCUGUAACGUGUAUGAUGAAGAGGAACUGGAGAUCAGCAGUCCAGAAGAAUUCUCUUUCUUCCAAGAAGACUCUGUGGCAGAACAGUUGACGUACAUGGAUGCUGACCUCUUCAAGAAAGUCGUGCCCCACCACUGUUUGGGAUCCAUAUGGUCUCGAAGGGACAAGAAAGAAAACAAGCACCUGGUGCCUACCAUCAAAGCCACCAUCUCUCAGUUCAAUGCCGUUACCAAAUGCGUUGUCAGUACUAUCCUGAAGACCAAGGAACUCAAAACACAGCAAAGAGCCAAGAUCAUUGAGAAGUGGAUUCAUAUCGCACAGGAAUGUAGGAUGCUGAAGAAUUUUUCCUCCUUGAGGGCCAUCAUUUCAGCACUGCAGUCCAACUCCAUCUAUCGCCUGAAGAAGACCUGGAUGUGUGUUUCAAAGGACGUAAUGCUGGUGUUCGAAGAGCUCUCUGAUAUCUUCUCAGACCAUGACAAUUAUUUGGCGUGCAGGGAGCUGCUGAUGAAGGAAGGAACAUCUAAAUUUGCAAAUCUGGACAGCAGCGUGAAAGAAAACCAGAAAAGGACACAGAGGCGGCUGCAGCUUCAAAAAGAUAUGGGAGUAAUGCAAGGCACGGUACCUUACCUUGGCACCUUCCUCACCGAUCUCAUCAUGCUUGACACAGCCCUUCAGGACUAUGUCGAGGGUGGCCUGAUAAAUUUUGAAAAGAGGCGAAAGGAAUUUGAAGUAAUUGCCCAAAUUAAGCUCCUGCAAUCUUCGUGUAACAGCUAUUGCAUGAUACCAGACCAAAAAUUCAUCCGGUGGUUCAAGAGACAGCAGCAUUUAACUGAGGAAGAGAGCUACUGCCUUUCACGGGAGGUCGAAGCUGCUGCCGACAUUAGCACCACAUCGCCGAAAUCUCGGAAAAGCGUGGUGAAGAGGUUCAGCCUACUGUUUCUAGGCUCCGAGGUGAUUGCCCAUAGCACGCCCAUCAAAGAGCAACCCAAGUCUCCUCCAGGUGGGAGUUCUGGUGAGAGCACGGACUCAGCAAGUGUUUCAUCGUGUGAGCUUAAUCACUCCGAAUCUGAAGAAGUCUGCACCACUCUCAAAGAUGCUCCUGAUGAGUCUCAGAAAAAGCUCUCAGAAUCCUCAGAAUCCUCCUGUUCCUCCAUGCAUUCCACGGACACAUCUUCCUCAGGGAUGUCAUCUUUAGCCUCAUCCCCUUCCUUGCUGUUCUCCGACAGGGGCUGCUCCAUCUCCAUGACGCCCGUUACCUCAAAAGGAUUGCCUCCUGUUUAUAACCAGCAGAAGGAAGAUAAGUGCAUUAUCCGCAUCAGCGUCGAAGAUGACAAUGGCAAUAUGUACAAGAGCAUCCUGCUAACUAGCCAAGACAAAGCUCCCGCUGUCAUCCAUAGAGCGAUGCUGAAGCAUAACCUUGAGCUGGACGCAGCUGGAGAUUAUGAGCUUGUACAGGUCAUCUCUGAGGACAAAGAGCUGGUGAUCCCAAGAAACGCCAACGUGUUCUACGCCAUGAACAGCCACGUGAACUUCGAUUUCAUCCUGCGGAAAAAAGCCUCAGUCAGUGAGCAGGUGAAGAUGAGGGACCGGUGCAGCCUGACCCUCUCCAGAACCGCCAAACGUGGGUGCUGGAGCAACCGGCCCAGCAAAGUUGCACU